CUCGUCUACCACCUCUGCGCAGCGCACGCCUCCCCAGCCCAGAAGCUGAACCAUCGCGUCGUUCAUCAGCAGCGGAGAAGCCAUCCCGCUUCCCGCAUCAUCUCUCCCACCACAACCAAACCCUAACCCCACCCACCCCAACCAUGGAGUUCGCUCGCCGAGCCACCGCCCCGGUCGACGCCGACGACGGCUGCGGCGUUCCCCACCCGUCCCCGCGCGUGCAGGUGACGAUGGACGCGCUCCGCCGGGAGCUCUGGGAGGAGGGCAUUCGUCAGGAGGUCAUUGCUGCUGAAAUUGCUGAGCAGAGAGAACUGGAGGCCAAGGUCCAGCGCGAUACUGGAUUGCUCUGUGAUGUGCCCUCGCGAUUGUCCGUCAGCUUCCAGCCGGUCCGCGGUGACACAUUCCCUUCGCCUCAUGGUGAGCUUUGGUUAGGAGGACCGAUGGCAAUGCCUGCAGGAGCAUCCAUGUUUAGAGUGCCUGUGAAAGAUCGGAUCGAGGAAUGGUAUCGACCUCCAUGGGAUAGGACAGCAGAUGAAGAGAAUGCAUCUUUUAAUGCGCUCUACAAGGAAGCUACACGUAUCAGUCUCAACGAUCACAUAUGUUGCCUGGUUUGUUGGCAGUUGAAAUUGAAUGGAAAACAAUAUAACUAGAUAAGGGAAAUUUAUCUCCAAGGGAAAUGUAACCUGAAGCUAUGCAGAUCAUAUUACUGAAUUCGGUAGCUUUACCGGUGCCCAAUAAUAUGUUCAUAGAUAUGAUUUUUAUGUCAAGGAUAGAAACAAUAUUAUUCUUGCCUUUUCUCAAAAAAGAUUGACCAUGUAAUUUCUAUUUUCUAAUAAUUUUUCAUCAUAACACAGGCCAAGAUGCGUAGAAAGGUGUCAUCUGGAGUGAAGAGGAAAAGGGGUGCAGAUACUUUCCAGAUGAACAACAAAAAAAUAUGUGUGCCAAGGAGCUGUGAUGGAAUCCAAGUGAAUACACAAUGAAUUUUAUUUCGAGGAGCACUCUGCUGGCCAUAGGAACGAGGAAAACAAUGCUUUGGAAUCAAGAAAGGAAGCUAUUGGGACGAAGAAGAAAGUAGAAACAGAGUCCUUAUCUGUCACACGGCAUUAUCCACCAACAUGGAAUUAUGGUAUUUGCAAAGCCAAUUGUUCAAGUGAACUGGACUUAAAAAAUCACCUAAGAGGUAGGAGGCACCAAGAAAACUUAGAAGCCCUGAAGAGAGAAGACAAGGAAAUGGAAGCAAAGGUGUAUGCAAAGGAAGUGGCGCAGUUUGUUGAAAAGAACCAAAAGUUUGUGCCAAGAUGGAGUUGCAGCACUUGCAAGGCUAAUUGCACAUCUGCAUCUGACUUGGAGAAUCACUUCCGGGGUAGAAGGCACCAACAGAACGUAGGAAGGAGUUCAAACGUGGUAAUGCUCCGUGCAUAAGCAUUACUGCAUACAACUGAGAUGCGGUUGCAGACCUGAAGAUAUAGUUGGCAGAGGGGAUAUUGUCUAAUUUUGGGGGGUUUUUCAGGGUUACUCCCCUGUUCCCACGUCUCCUCCUUUAUAUUCUCUUAACAUUUACAAAUGGGUCCUAGGAACAUCACUUAUUUA